GCUGUGCUGAGAUUGGGGGUGUCCCCUGGAGUGUUUUCUUGUUUGUCUUCUGUUUUAUACCUAGCUGUAAGUCACCCAUGUUAGAAAGUCACCCAUGCUGUCGCUAACCAUUGGUUUUAUUAAGGUAGAUAUAGUUAGGGUAGUUGUUUUUAUGCGCUCGAGCUAUUGUUAUUCAGUGGUUGUUUUUUUACAUCAAAAGUUUGACCUUUUUAUUAUUUUAGAAUAAAACAUUAGAUAUGCUUAUUUAAGUCGUCGAUGUUAGAUUUAUCCGUUCGCUAUGUUCUUGACAGAUAACCAGGUCAGCCUCAGUGUUUUCACGUCUGUAACGGACUCAAGUGAUGAACCGAUUCGAGCUGCGGUUCCUCCGUCUGUGGAGCUCGGACUCACCAUUGUGUAUACCAUCCUAUAUUCGCUGCUUUUCGUGUUUGUUUACUUGCAACUUUGGCUCAUUUUGCACUAUGGACACAAGCGCUUCAGCUACCAGAGUGUCUUUCUUUUUCUCUGUUUGCUGUGGUCAGCGCUAAGGACUACAUUAUUUUCAUUCUACUUCAAGAACGUUGUCCAAGCGAACCAGUUGGAGCAUUUGCCUUACUGGCUUUUGUACUGUUUUCCAGUAUGCCUCCAAUUUUUCACUCUGUGUCUGCUCAAUCUUUAUUUUGCACAGAUAAUGUUUAAAGCCAAUGCGAAAUAUUCUCCGGAGCUUAACAAAUACAAGGUGCCCAUUCGCCUGGCGUUCAUCUUUUCCAGCCUUUUCUUCCUCGUGGUGAACCUAACAUGCGCCAUGCUGGUGCAGGGUGGCAUUGGGGGCAACGUGGGCGAGGCAGAGGUGAGGCAGGUGGUGCUGGCCCGGGUGCUGGUCAAUGACAGUCUCUUCGUACUCUGCGCCGUCUCGCUGGCCGUGUGCAUCUUCAAGAUCGCCAAGAUGUCCUCUGCCAAUGUCUAUCUCGAGUCCAAGGGUACGUCAGUGUGCCAGGCUACAGCCAUCGGUGCUGCAGUCAUCCUGCUGUACAUGUCCAGGGCCUGCUAUAACCUGGUGGUGGUGGCUCUUUCUCCAGAGGACCGGCCCAGCCCCUUCAACUACAGCUGGUACAACGUCUCUGACCAGGCAGAUGUAGAGAAGAUCAGGGGAGAGGCCUACAUCAUCUUUGGGAUCAUCCUCUUUUUCUGGGAGCUGCUGCCCACCAGUCUGGUCGUGGUCUUCUUCAGGGUACAGAGGCCCAAUCAGAACCUAGCACCAGGAGGAAUGAUCAACAGCCACAGCUUCAGUUCCAGAGCCUAUUUCUUUGACAACCCCCGGAGGUACGACAGCGAUGACGACCUGUCCAGGAGCAUCAACUCCAGAGCAGAUCGACCGAGUAGUGUCUUGUCCACGACUCCCCAGUUGGGCCCCAGCUGGUACGGCUCCACCCAGAGGAACGGCAGCCUGACUGGGUUCCCCCAACUCCCCAACGGCCCCCAAACCUCCACUGCCCCACUCCUCUUAGCCUAUGGAAACAUCCAGCCCGACCAGCACCAUAACUACUAUGCCACCCCCCAGAACUACUAUGCCACCCCCCAUAACUACUGUUUCACACCCCAAAAUCACUACUGCACUCCUCAGAUCUAACCACCCCCACCGGCCCCAGUAGAUACCCCUGAAAACAAUAUUUAACUCAGGAAAGGGCCGGUCCUGACCUUCAGCUACAUGGCUACGGCCCUGGGAAAGCUUUUUAUUUUCUUGAUUUCUUACCUUCCAUGAAUAUCAGCUGACAAACACAAUCAGUGGGCGAAUGCAAUCAUAUCAGUACAUUCUAUUUUAUUUUCCCACCCAUCUGUGUUUGGGGCUCACCUUUGACCUUUGGUGCUGUGGAGUUCAUACAGGAUGUUACCCUGGUGACCCUGUGACUGACACUGCGUGACUUCCUCAUUCCAGCUAUCGACCUGUCCCCUCCCCCACCAACGCUACUUACCUGCCAGCUUGUUGUAGCCAUGGCGACGGAGUUGGGUUUUCCAGGGUCAGACGGGACCAGAUGAGGGGAGGUCAUUUGAGGUCAGCGGUGGUUAGGGAGUAGUCAGCUCAGUGAUAUUCCAUUUAUUAAAAAAGCUUUCCAAUGUUUCUUGUUCAAUAGUCCUGGAACAUUCUACUAUUCCUGACAACUGGGGAGAGUCUGUAGAGGACAAUAAGGAAGUGUCUAUGGGAAAGGAUUGUGCAUCUCAGCUUUCGUAUGUUUGUUGGACAUCAGACUAGUAAGUCCUCUAUCACUGUUCACUGUCAGGGACCAGACAAGUGCAUGGACCAGCACUUAUGUUUCUCUCCCCCAUCCCUUGCCUAUUUUGGUUCGAUCCAGUGGGCAGUUCUCCCCGCCACACCUCCCCUCCAUGAGUCGGGAGGUGACAUUUGCACUUAAAAAAAUCUCCUAAUUUCACAUUCUGAGGACAAGAUCCUGGCUUGAAUGUAGACUCGGCUCCUAAUAAAAUCUGACUAUCAGACUGUUCCUGUGUGUUCCCUAGACCCUGUCUCACUUCCCUGUAGAACACUAGUUGAUACCUGUGCAAUGAGCCAUCCAUGACGAUUCCCUUCCAAACCAACACCAAUCGAGGCUAUAAUCAUGUGCAAUGCCCUCGGUAUUCAAACCUAACAUGCACUGGGACACCAUGGGAAGUGUUAACACUGUGCAUUUGAAUCUUUCACUGCUGUCAAAGACAGUAUGAAAGAGGAAGGCUACUUUUCCCAAAGCGCGCACAGAUUGAGAGCUGGGCCUAAAAACGAGUCUCGAGCCUCCAGCUUGCCUAGCGGGACAAUCCCAGGAUGGUACACCUGUUCCUGGGGGCUGCCGUUUUGGCGAGGGGCCCCUGAUGGAGCAUAGACUUUGGGGGAACAAUAUGUUUCUGAAUGAAUGUUCUGCUCUGGACCCAGUAAAAUGAAUGUACGGACCAAGUGUGGAUCGGCGGAGUGAUGUUUUAUAGUACAGUACUCCUUGCGAAGCCCUAGCCAGGGUCCAGAUCUGUUUGUGCUGUCUUGCCAACUCUUAGGGUCAUUGUCACCAGACAGCACAAACAGGCUUAAAUAUACCCUCUCUAUCCUGACUAUAAUAGUAUACAGUAGCUGUAUCCAUGUGCUAGUUUACGGCAUCAAGCUCACCAUCAUUAGUCCCAUCAUUAGUCUGUUUGUGCUGUCUUGCCAAAUCCUCUGGUCAUAUUCAAGCCAUUGGCCAUAAAUGAGACAGCACAGACAGAUCUUUGACCAGGCUACACUAUCGUACACCUGAAAAUGUGCCAUUAAAUGUUACUGUUCAUUUUGUUCCUUGUGGAAAACAUCUAGCACAAAAUGCUGUAUAUAACGAAAGUGAUUAAGCUUUAUGUCCUACUUAUUUCCAUUUUAACUGCAUUCCAUGUUUGUUUUUGUUAUACUCCAUGGCUACUAGUACUGCCCAGGUGUACAGGGCAAGUUUGUGUGUUCGUCUCUGUGUGAGUAUGUGUUUGCUAAACUUGCUUAUAUGCACAUCAAGGGUAUAGGUAGGAGGUAAGACAUCUCUUGGUUGUUUUUCACUGUUGAAUAGAGUUUUGUGUUGUUUGCAAGAACCUGUUCAGAGAGGGAAAGAGGAAUUGCAGUCUAAAAAUGUGAUUUUUAUAUUUGUUUUGCCUUUUAUUUUCUUGAUUUCUUACCUGCCAUGAAUAUCAGCUGACAAACACAAUCAGUGGGCGAAUGCAAUCAUAUCAGUACAUUCUAUUUUAUUUUCCCACCCAUCUGUGUUUGGGGCUGAUGUCACCUUUGACCUUUGGUGCUGUGGAGUUCAUACAGGAAGUGUUCAGUGGGACUGGAAGUGAGAAAGUGGAACCUCAGGUUGAACUUUCUCUCACCCUCCUAGGGCCACAAGCCAAUUCCAGUAGGCUCUUUUUUUAAUUAAAACAAAUAAUAAUAAUUUUAGAGGUGGAUUCCUUAGGGUCAUGGUAUACAUAAUCUUUCCCUUAACCUGCUUUGGAGUCUCAAACUAAGUUAUUUUAUUGUUGCUGUUAGCUUAUGUGUAGCAUACGUGUGUGAUUGUUGCAGCAAAUCUGUUAGUAAGCAGAGGAUAGCAGGCAGCUAUAAUCAGUGGGAAAAUACUGACAGAGGUUCUCUGAAAACGUUUAUAUUUUAACCCUCAUAUCCAAGAGCAUAAAGCAUUCUAUCCAGCAUGACCGCAAAUGAUCCUUUAACAGCAACAAUUGGGGAGAUGCUGCAUUCAAAUGUAGGAGUUGAAAGUAUUGUAUUUUUAUUGAUCUUAUUUUGUUUGUGAAAUCUAUUGCCGUCUCAGUUCUUGUCUCGCAAAUAGCCUUUUAUAAUAAUUAUAAUUUGUCUCUUAUUCUUUGUUGGUGACCAAUGAAUAUAACUCGUUUACCCAUCUUUCAUAGAUCACUAAAGCUGUAUAUGCAAGCACUACCAUGUUAAAAUAAAGUUUUACUGCACUGUUUAAAAA